AUAUCGGUGAUCGAUCCUACGGUACGGCUACGCGUAGUUUAUGCCGACGUGUCUAGGAAUCUCGGAGGUGAUUGAUAUUUAGACUUACUUACAUCAUUCAAGGCUUGCAACAUAUAUUUGGAAAUGGCAAGUCUAGAUGACACAGAAGAUGUUGCUCUGGAUUUUGGCAUGGAAGAUGAAUGGAAGAAACACAAGGCCUUGAGGUAUCCGAUGGCGGCUAUAGCUCACCUGUUCUUCAGAGUGAGCGCCCUCUUGGCCUACCUCUUCUGCAAUCUCUUCAGCAGCAGUUUCAUCCUUGACUUUGUGGUGACCGUGUUCCUCCUCGCCGUGGAUUUCUGGGUGGUGAAGAAUGUUACGGGGCGUCUGCUGGUGGGGCUGAGAUGGUGGAAUCACGUGGACGAAGACGGGACAAGCCACUGGGUGUUUGAGGCAAGAAAGGGUUCAAGAAAAAAUGAAGAAUCGGGUUUGGAAUCAAGGAUAUUCUGGUUUGGUCUGGUGGUGUGUCCUAUCUUCUGGGUGGUGUUCGUCUUUACAAAUAUUUUUGGUCUCAAAAUAAAUUGGCUGAUCAUAACAACGAUUGGCGUUAUUCUCAAUGGAGCAAAUUUAUAUGGCUAUAUCCGCUGCAAAAUAGGCUCUAGGAAAGAGUUAUCAUCAAUGGCUACUCAAUUUCUUGGUCAGCAGAUGCUUAAAUCGGCUAUGUCAACAGCAUCUCGGCCGCAGACAACACAAUAGGUACUAAAUUAUUUUCCAGAGGGAGGAUGCAUGAAAGAGAGAAGUAUUUAUCUUAAGUCUUCAAUUCUUGAUUCCAUAUUUCUAAGGUUUAUUUAUUUGAAAACAGAUGUUUGUGAUUUUGUAUGAAAUUGUCUUUUUGUAUUGUGUCAUCAAAUGAAUAAAUCUUGAUUCAUGUAUAUAUGUAAUUGUUAUGAAAGAUUUAUUUCAUUUCUAUUUAAAAAAAAGCAGGUGCUGGGAUAUUUAGUUAUCUUUUAUCAGACAAAAAUAUUGAAUUAUGUCCAAUUUCUACAUCAAAUAGAAAGAAAUAUUUCAAAAAAAAAUGUAUGCAGUACAUCAUUUUCUUAUUUAAACCAGGACAAGAUAAAUAUCAAUAAGAUUUAAUUAAGAGAAAUUUGUUGAAUAUUUUUUAACACCUUGCUCUUAAGAAACAAUAUAGAUUUAAGAACUUUUUUACAUUUGGAUUACAGGGAAUAAGUGUAUGUUUUCUGAAAAAGUAUCUUGUGACAAAGUGCAUGGUAAAUGCGUUUCAUUCGAUGAGCUUAAAUAACUGUUGUAGGGACAGUGAUUUUCUGUUUACAAAAUGGUCUAGAUCUAUUCUGUUUCGGUAUACCUGUAAUUCUGUUUCAAACUUGAUCUAAGAUCUAAAUUCUGUUGUCAUAGAAAGUGUACACAACGAAAUGUAUUCCUUUUGGCUAGGGUAACUUCAAUGAAUUUCCAUAAAGGCGGGGGCGGAGUGACGUCACAUCUGCUUAACGAUGACAGCACUGACCUUAGUGCGAUGAAAACAAAGUAUAAGCAACACGAUGAAGUAAUUUCAGAAACAGCACUGAAAAUUUCAGAAAGAUUUGUAAAUGUCCAGAUAACGAAAUGGGUAAACUCGAUUAUCAUGACGUUCAGCACAAAGUAUGAAUGCGAUGUUUGUGUAUUAUGCAUUGUAGGAAUGCCAAAACGCUGCGCUGCUGUACGGGUCGCUAGUGCAUUUUCAUCGGCUGGUCAGUUGCUAGGACUCGAGAUUUAAAGAGCCCGGAUUAAAUCCGGGCAUUUGAAUUCCGGACGUUCCCCCCCGGCCUAUAAGUAGUAAAGAACCAAAGUAGAUUUUUCUGUUUUGAUUUACAGGCAAAGAGAAAAUCACUGUCCCUAUUGUUCUUGUUUGUCAAACUGAAUUUAGUUUGAGAAGUUGAGUAAAGUAAGCUUUAUUAAAUGUGAAAUGAAUAAUUUGUAUUGUUUAAAUAUUUGUCAAUUGUUUUCAGGUGUGGCUGUGGAGAAUAUUUGAAAUAUGUGCAAUCAUUUGUUUUAUUUCAUGUUUGCUUUAUCACUGGCAUAUGGUGCCAUAAUCUGCCCAAUCUUAUACAAAUAUUCUAAAGGCAGAAAUGUGGUUAUCAUUUUCUGUAUGUAUAAUUUGAUAAUAAUAAUAAUAAAAAACAUUAAUUUGUAUAGCGCAGCUUUUAUAUGGAUAUAUUCAGCUGCACUUGUUCAAAAUUCUUUUUACUUAAUAGGUCUACACAGCAAAUUUUCUUAACUAAAGAGAUAUGUUUUUAAUUUUGAUUUGAUUUCCCCUGAAAUGAUAUAUACUUUGAUAAGUACACAUGCAAAACUUCAUUUUGACUGAAACUCAAUAAGUAUUUGGCAUCUUAUUCGGCCUGAAUUCGGAUGAUAAACAUUCACUAUGUAGUGUACAUGUAGGAUGUUUAUUCAUGUGUGCACACUUAAUAUAGUCCGAUUGUAUCGGGCUUUGAUAGUUUUAGUUUGCUUUACAAAACCAGGAAGAAGGGGGGGGGGGUUGUAUUCCCUCUUCUUAGCUUAAACCUCUUGUGUGAAUUUGGGCCUUUGUGAUUAAAGGUCAAGUCCACCCCAGAAAAAUGUUGAUUUGAAUAAAUAGAGAAAAAUCAAACUAGCAUAACGCUGAAAAUUUCAUCAAAAUUGGAUGUAAAAUGAGAGUUUCGCUUAUCUUUCACAAAACAGUGAUAUGCACAGCUUGUUGACAUGCAAAUGAGACAGUCGAUGAUGUCCCUCACUCACUAUUCCUUUUGUUUUUUAUUAUUUGAAUUAUACAAUAUUUCAUUUUUUACAGAUUUGGCAAUAAGGAUCAACUUGACUGAACCAUAUAGUAUCAUACAAUACCGAUUCCACAUGUUCAGGGAGGAAUUAAUAGUUGUUUCACUUGACAAUGCGGAGAAAAUUAGAAUAUUUCAUAAUUCAUAUAAUAAAAUACAAAAGAAAUAGUGAGUGGAUGACGUCAUCAGUCUCCUCAUUUGCAUAUUGAACAGGAUGUGCGUAUGACUGUUUUGUGAAAUCAAGAGAAACUUUAAAAUGUCAUAACUUUCUUAUUUUACAUUCGAUUUUGAUGAAAUUUUCAGUGUUAUGCUUGUUGGAUUUUUCUCUUUUUAUUCAAGUCAACUGUUUGUUGGGGUGGACUUGUCCUUUAAAUGUGACGUAAUUUUAUAUUUAAGGCUAGAAUUUCCAAAUGUUUCCAUCAUAAAGAAAAAAAACACAGAAUAAAAAACUUUUGAAUAACUUUUGUUUUUAACAGUAAAAGUAUUUAUUCUAUUCUCAGAUGAAUUUACUAUUAUUUUGUGUGUUUGCUUACUUUUCAAGAUGACUUGCUCGGCCAUUUAAUGUUAUUUAGUGUGAAAUGUUUUUAUGUCCAAAACAGAGUAUUUCAUUUAAAGUAUCAAAAGAGUAAUACAAAUUUUGUUAAGUUUACGCUAUGGUCAUUAAUGCCUUUACGAACAGUCAAACGCUUUGCAAAUUAUUUCAUACACCAUUUAUUGCUAUGUAUGAAAAUCGUUUGUAUGGUGUUCCUAAGUUAUUUGUGACCGUAGUAAAGGGUGCGCAAUGCAAACAAACAUAUGAAAAGAGAGACAAAAGGAAAUAUGAAUAUAUGAAAAAUUUGAUCAUUCAUUUGAUAUUGGUGUUUUAGAAUAAACUCAAAUGAUCUUGAGUUCACAUAAUUUGGUAUGAAUUAUCAUUUAGAGAAAAUUUGGUGCAAUUAAAAGAACUUGCACAGAAUAUCAAACUUCUCUAGCAAAGCUUUUCAAUAUUACUGCAUGUAUUGAAUUCAAUCCCAAUGGCUCUAUUUGUAACACACGUGUGUAAUUUCUGUUAGUUACGAGCUUCAUAUUGCAUUUUUUGAAAAAUGUUUGAGGGGCAGUGAUACACCCUCCCCCUUUCAUGUCGAGAUAUUACAUGUAUCUGUAAUUAGAGAGUUUUAGCAAUCACUAUGCAGACGCUUUCUAUAACACAGAAUCUUUUUUUCAAAAGCCCUUCAAUGACAAAACGGCCUUUGUCGAAAAUCGAUGAAUCAAAACCGUAGUGUCGUCCUGGACUCUGGACAAACGAUAUAUUUCCAAUUUUUUGUCCAGUCCAAAUCUUCGGACAAUCUGCUGUCCUGGUCCACCAACUAUCAACAAAAACCUCUUAGCUGUCAAUUGUGAUUUGACUUCCAUGUGCAUUUUCAAAGGAAUUGGUGCGUUUUAGAAAGCGUUUGCGUAGUGAUUGUGAAGAUACGCUAUUGUAAUGUGCAGUAUCAAUCAAUCAACCAUUCCUGUUUUACCAUUGAUUUUGGUAUACUGUAUGCUAUAUAUUUGAAGAGAUUAAAACAUUUAACUUAUGAAACCAUCUACUUGAA